CAAGCAAGGCGGCCGGAUUUGGGCCCACUUGCGCUGCUUCUGGGGCCCGGCGCCCUGGAGCGAGGUGCGGACUCUGGGGUAAGGGGACCCAGUUGAGGCCGCUCUGUCUCGUGAGCGCUUUCCGGUCCCACUUUCUCUCACUGAUCCUGGAGGACCCCAGCCUUAGAGCAAUCAGGAUAUUGUCGGCUACCCCGCUGUGCUCUCCUGUGAGCCACCUUCCAGACAGGAAGCGUCCUGGGGGAAUCCCGAUCUCCAACUGGCAAAGCCCCAGGGCCUCGCAGAGAAGGCACGGAGGCCAACAGGCCAGGGCUGUGCCAGCCAGAGAUGCCCCGAGUCUGCCUGGAGCACCAGGUCCAUGCUGCUGCUGGCUCAGGGACCCAAAGCUUGGCCCAGGCUCUCUCGGCUCAAGCCCUGCUUCCUCCCUAAGAUCUUGGGAGCUGAGACCAUGCAUUUGAGGUCUCAGCACUGGUCCCGGCCAGGCCCACCCCAAGGCCCUGGACUAGGAACUAGGCUGCUGAUCACUGCCUUGUUUGGGGCUGGGCUGGGCUGGGCCUGGUUGUCUGCAAGGGUUGAGAAGGAACAGCGGCGGCAGCAGCAACGAACAGAGGCCCUGCGCCAGGCUGCUGUGGGCCAAGGUGACUUCAGCCUACUGGAUCAUCAAGGCCAGUCUCGAUGCAAGGCAGACUUCCGGGGCCAGUGGGUACUGAUGUAUUUUGGCUUUACUCACUGCCCUGACAUCUGCCCAGAUGAGCUGGAGAAGCUAGUGCAGGUAGUACAACAGCUAGAGGCAGAGCCUGGCCUGCCCCUGGUGCAGCCUGUCUUCAUUACUGUGGACCCUGAACGAGAUGAUGUAGCAGCCAUGGCCCGAUAUGUGCAGGAGUUCCACCCAAGGCUGCUGGGUCUGACUGGCUCUGCAGAACAGGUGGCCCAGGCUAGCCACAGCUACCGUGUAUACUACAGUGCCGGCCCCAAGGAUGAGGACCAGGACUACAUCGUGGACCACUCAAUUGCCAUCUACCUGCUCAACCCUGAUGGCCUCUUCACAGACUACUAUGGUCGGAGCAGAUCAGCAGAACAGAUUGCAGCCAGUGUGCGGCAGCACAUGGCUACCUUCUGCAGCAUCCUGCCCUGAGCCUUCACAGCCUGGGCCUUA